CCUUAACUUGCCCGAUCGACGGUGGCCGAGUGGCCGAACUCCCUAGCCUCGGCGUCCGCACCUGCCCUCCAGGGAGCAGCCUCCAGGGCGCGCAGGGAGGCCGGACCCUCAGGCCCUCGGCCCCCGGACGCCGCGGCCGAGUUUCCAGGAGAUGCUCUCUGCCGCGCACCGACCGGAAGUGGCCGUGUGUGGCGGAAAGAGCUGCUUUCUGAAAGCAGCCGGUGCUGAGAAGCGUGGCUGUUGAAGAUGAUUCAGGCGAUUCUGGUUUUCAACAACCACGGGAAGCCGCGGCUGGUCCGCUUCUACCAGCGUUUCCCAGAAGAAAUUCAACAGCAGAUUGUUCGAGAGACUUUCCAUCUAGUCCUCAAGCGGGAUGACAAUAUCUGUAACUUCUUGGAGGGUGGAAGUUUGAUUGGUGGCUCUGACUACAAACUGAUUUACCGACAUUAUGCUACCCUCUACUUUGUAUUUUGUGUGGAUUCAUCAGAAAGUGAACUUGGGAUCUUGGACCUCAUCCAGGUUUUUGUGGAGACCCUGGAUAAAUGUUUCGAAAAUGUUUGUGAAUUGGAUUUGAUCUUCCAUAUGGAUAAGGUGCACUACAUCCUUCAGGAGGUGGUGAUGGGUGGGAUGGUAUUGGAAACAAACAUGAAUGAAAUUGUGGCUCAGAUUGAAGCUCAAAACAGACUGGAGAAAUCUGAAGGUGGACUCUCUGCAGCCCCUGCCCGGGCUGUGUCUGCUGUGAAAAACAUCAACCUGCCUGAGAUUCCUCGGAACAUCAACAUUGGCGAGCUCAACAUCAAAGUCCCCAACCUAUCCCAGUUUGUCUGAGGGUUGAGGCUUCGGCUUAACUGGAGUCCUUAAAACAAGCAAAGCCAAGGAAGUCCUGAAACGGAACCCAUUUUGAACAUCAGAAGAAUCAAGCCUCAGGACCAUGACCCUUUGGGGGAAACUGUUUGUCAUGGAAUAGGGAAGGAAUUAUUCGCUGACACCAUUAGGAUGUGCUCAGUUCUCACGUGUGCAGCCAUGCUGUUAUCAGAUACAUAUGGCCACUGCAGAAAUGAGCAGUCUGGCUUCCUCAGGGGUAGUUAGAGUUCCCAAGCCACUUGCACUCUUUCUUUCUUAUGUGUAGUUGCUCCCAGGAAUUGGUGACUCUACUGAGCAGCCACCCUGUUUCUGAGAACCCACCACUAGCAUUGAGCACCCUCUCUGACUAGAGUCUUCUUCCUUAGCACCACAUGCUUCUGAGGUGCUGUGGCAUUGACUUGCUGACUAGAUGCCAUAAGUAGAAAAGGGAUGACCGUUCACAUUUCAGGGAGUGGUGAGUGGCAAGUGAGGGCUAAAUUUUAUGAAAACCAGAGUCACCCGAGCUCUACUAUGGUGGUUAUACCCAGAAUCCUUUUGUAUAACCAAGUUUUCUGAUUACCACCUUCUAAAAAAUAUGUUUCCCCCACUGGCAUAAACCCAACUCUGUUCUCAGGGGUGAUUAUGUGCAGGACACAAUCCAAAUCAUAAACCUGGGUGCAUGCCCACCCUGUUCCUGCUAGUAGGGAAGAGCACACACAUACACACACACCCCCCACAACCACCUCUCCAACAUAGCCAGAGAACUCCUUCCCUCAUGUCUGUAGAAGGUAAAGCUGACAACAUAUAGAACAUCUCAGAAUUAUGAUUCCCUCUGGUUUGAAAUACAUUCUCCUCUCGGGGAGUACGAGGCUCAGUUGUUGUGUUAUGAAUGAUGAGAUUCCUUCAAACCAGAAACUCCCCACUUCUGUAGCAUGAGAGCCUGAGCUGGGCUGAGCAGUUCUGGGCCUGGCAUGGGGGGGCGGGGGGGAGGCGGGAACAUGGGAGGCAUGCUGGCUGAGACUGGUGGCUGUCCUGCAUCUUUUUCUCUGUGUGAAAAGUGUCCCUCCCUGAGUUCUGCUUGUGGGCACACCCUAUUCCCCUCAAGUGACAUUCUUUCUUAGCUUUGGAUACCUGUAGAUGUGUACAUGUGAUACAGGUCUUAAUUCCUGUGGUUAAUUUAGAGCUAAAAAGGGCCUUUUGCUCCCAUGCUGCCUGUUAGGCCAGGUCUCGGGUUCAGUGUUGAGCUGCCUUGAGAUUAGGGAGUUGACGCUGCCUUCACAGUAGAGCUUCCCAGCCCAGGGCCCUCUCGGCCAGGGCCCCAGACUGCUCCCUCAGGCCUCUGAAUGCUGUCUCAGUGUGCGUCAUGUAUUAGGGUCACCGCUUUUCCUAUUUUUGAACAGUGCUUCCUAUGGUUUGUGCCCAUCUCUCCCUGCAGUCCCUCGUCCUCAAUCUUCCAGUACCUCUGUGGCAACUUUAGAGAUGGGGCAGUGUUAAUCAGAAGGUCAGCCUCAUGUGUUGGAAGAGGGAAAUGUAGGUGAAUAUAUCUGAUCUCAGAACCCCUGAUAUCAUUCUUAUAAAGGUUUAAGUUUUUUUCCAGACUCUUCAGCACAGUCCCAGAAAGUUCCAUGGUCUUUCAUUCUCGUUUGCUGAGUGUGAAAUAGGAACAAAGGAAGGAAACCAAUGUUUAUUUCACACCUACUAUAAAGUGGCAUGAACAAGAUCCUUCCACAUACAUUAUCUCAUUUAAUCCUUAAAGAAAACAUUAUUAUCCCUAUUUUGCAAAUGAAAUAAGUAAGACUCAGAGAGGUCAACUAACUUGCUUUAGGCCGCAGAAGACUAAGAUUUGAGGUUUUGCCUGCCUAACUCCAAAGUCCAUUUGUCUUAACUGCUCAAGAUUAUCUCUCCCAGUUUUAUCAUGCUCUUUUUUCAAAAUAAGGAAACUGAAUCUCAAAGAGGUGAAAUUGCAUCUCACAUGCUGUGAUAAAAACAGUUUAUCUAGUGACAAUCAACAUAGAGUGUAAGAACUGCAGGGAGAUGAGGAACCAAAGCACAGGAUGUUAAGUGCUGUGUCCAGAGUCACAAAGCUAGAGCCAAAUCAGUUUUCUUGAGUUUGUUUUGUGGCUUAAUGCAGUGCUGCAGGGCUGCCAUGUGCCCUGGAUUUCCUGGCAUGGUCUUACCUGUCAGAAGCCGAUGGUUCUCAGCAACCAUUGACUGGUUCCAACAAUGGACAUCCAGACAGCACCCCUCACACACCUCUUCAAACGGUAUAAAACGUUUAGCCUGGUUUUUGAUUUGGAAAACCCUAUCCUUUUGGACAGACCAUAACAAUUGCUCAUUAACCACUUGGGGUUUUAAUCUCUCUUAUUUAAUGAGUUGGCCUUUUGAGGAGAAAGGUACAGGUUUAGGUGCAGAGAGAUAUAAUAUGAAAUAGGGGCUGGCUUUGGAUUUUCUUUGGAAGUCCUUGGCACUGAGGACUUCCUAAGGUAGUAGAGAAUACUGGUGUUGAUGCUCACCACCUCUGGUAAAAUUCUAAAAUUCAUCCAUUAUGCAAUUUCUAAGUGCCUGUUGAGGGGGAAGCUCAGUUCUAGGCACUGGAGAUUGAGAGGGAAAUGAAGCUGUCUACUGACGAUCUCUAAAAGGGUUCUCGGAUUGCUGGGAUAUGGGGGAAGUCUCACAGCCUGAAUUUGUGGAGACUGGGGUCAGUAACUGCAUGAUACAUGGAAUAUUUAAAGAACAAUAACCAUAAAUUUCCCACCCCUACCAUACCCCAUCUCUGAAUAGUCCCCUUUCCCUCUUGGCCUGUCCAUGGUCUCAUGCUUGUCACGUUGAGAGUUAGGUCAGGCUACACUGGCUCUGGAGUCCUCUCAAGUCCGUUUUUAUUCAGGCUUUUGCCACUCACAGAACCAGCCCUUCCUCCCUCUCCACCACUGGGAGCCAGCUAGCAAAGCCCUCUACCCCCAGCUUCAGGAAAGAAGACCCCAGGGAGCACAGCUGAAAAGUAGGCUGCCAGCUAAUCUCUUAACUUGUAGACCAGUCUUUAGUAGUAGGUUUCCUUAGUGUGACCAUCUGUCCAUGGCUUUUUAAUUAGGAUGCAGCAGUGAUCAGUACAUGGAGAUAAAGAUCAGGAGUGGGGUCCAAGUCCAAGUAGCAGCAACUAAGGUGGAAACCUAUUAAGUAUGAGAUGAACCCAGAGGGGUGUGUCAGUUCCUAGCAAAAAUCCUGAUUUUCAAUUCUUGAGUCUCUACAUUGCCUGUGGACUCUUAGCCUAGUGGCCACACACUCACCUGUUCACCUGCACGUGGCAGUUGCUCAGAGAAGGUUGUUGAAUGAUUGCCUUCAAGGUUAAGAUUUUGCCCUAUUGGGAGCACAGAAGGGUGUUACAUCUACAAGGUUCUGGCAGAAGUUGGCAGAUAUGAAAACAGGACCCUUUUAGGGAACUAGUUCCAAAAAAAUGAUUAAUUCUUCCCAAAAGACUAUUUAAAUUCUUCCCUAUUUCAAUGGAUUAAAUUCACAUUUUAAAUAGGAAAUAUAGUCAUGUAGUUCAAAAUCCAAGAUGAUAAAAGGCUUUUCAGCAGAAGAUUCCCACCCUGUCCUCCCAGCCACCCAGAUCCCAUCCCUGGUAGCAAUCAGUAUUUCUAAUUUAAAUGAUUUUUUUUUUAAGUCCCUGGAUUUUUAUUACCAAAACUGAGGAUGUAUCUUCCUGAAAGUGUUGAUUGUGUUCUGUUUGGCCUUGGUGGCUGGUCUUGGUGACUCAUGCUGUUGUCUUCAAGAAGGAGGGGCUUGGUUGUCACUAGACCAUCCCAUACAGAAUAGCAGCCUCCACCCUUUCUUCCUUACUCUGCCUUGCCUUUUUCCCUGGUACUCUGACAUACUGUAUAUUUGGGUUUGUUUGUUUUUUUAAUGAUUGUCUGUUUCCCCCUCUUAGGAUAUAAGCUCCUUGAGGUCAGGGUAUUUGAUUUGUUCACUGCUGUAGUAUCGCAGCUGCUCUGAACAGUGUCUGCUACAUAUCAAUAAAUAACUGUUGAAUUGGUGAA